UGCGCCUCCUUGUAUCGUAACAAUAAAAUGGAGGUCAGACGGAGAGGUAAAUACGGUGUGUCAAGACGUUGUUUCUGGACAGUGCUGCCUAAAAGAUGACUAGCUUUAGGAAGACAUAGAUUUAUGAUUAAGUUGAAGGCAUAUUCCCAUAAUAUGACAUUUAGAUCAUGGCAAUACCUCCAAGAUGGCUAAAUUGUCCAAGGAAAAGUAGUGUUAUCGCUGACAAGUUCAUUGCAUUCAAGACAUUCCUGGAUGACAGAUAUAAUUCCAAAAUACCUGAUGAGAACAUAUUUCAAUUUUCGAUGCUAAAUGCUUACCUAAAGGCCAGCAAGUAUGAACUUGGUUUGAUUAUUGACCUAACAAAUACAGACAGAUUUUAUGACAGAAAGACAAUUGAAAAUGAAGGAAUAAAAUAUUGUAAAAUUCAAUGUAGAGGUCAUGGUGGAGCACCAACAUCCACACAAACUAAUGCCUUUCUAAAGAUCUGCUCAAACUUUUUUGAUAAUAAUCCUGGGAAACUUAUUGGUGUUCAUUGUACUCAUGGCUUCAACCGAACUGGCUUUCUUAUCAGUGCUUAUUUUGUUGAAAGUGAAGAUUGGAGCGUUGAUGCAGCGGUAGAGGUGUUUUCAAAGUGUCGUCCCCCCGGAAUUUACAAGCAAGGUUACUUAAAAGAAUUAUGGGAUCGUUUUGGUAGCGGUGCUGAUGAUUCCCCGAAUGCCCCCGCUCUGCCAGACUGGUGUUACGAGGAUGAAGGUGGAAGUGAUGAUGAUGAUGAUGUUGGUUUUCGUGGUGAUAAGCGAACUAAUCAUGAUCUUGAUGAUGCAAGAUUUAUGGAUGGAGAGGGAAGAUUUCCCAAGAGGAGACGAAAGGAGCAUCACGUCAAGGACGCAAAAUUUGUGGAAGGAGUUCAAGGUGUAUCAGCCGUUCAUUCACCUCGUUGUGAAGAGCUGCAAGAUAUUUGUCAGGAAAUGUGCAACUGGAACAGAGACAAUUUUCCUGGAUGUCAGCCUGUUUCUUUAGACAGAAACAACCUUCGCUACCUCACUGAGAAACCAUACAAAGUCAGCUGGAAGGCAGAUGGUACAAGGUAUAUGAUGAUGAUUAAUGGUCCCAGGGAAACCUACUUGUUUGAUAGAGAUAACAGUGUCUUCUGUGCGCCUGGUUUGACGUUUCCUCAAAGAAAAAAUCUCAAUGAUCACAUAACAGAUACGCUGCUGGAUGGGGAACUUGUCAUGGACAAGGAGGGGGAUCAGUUCCAUCCAAGAUUUCUCAUUUAUGACAUCAUCAAGUUCCAGGGCCAAGAUGUUGGACAAACUGAUCUUGAUCGCAGAUUCCUAUGCAUCGACAAAGAGAUAAUAGGUCCACGAAAUCAGCUGACACAAGAGGGAAGAUUAGACAAGCUGAGGGAGCCUUUUAGUAUUCGCAAGAAAGAUUUUUACAACCUUGAACAUGCUCAAUGGGUUCUUGAAAAACUUAUUCCGAAAAUUACACAUGAAACUGAUGGCCUAGUUUUACAGCCAUGGAAAGAUCCGUACGUGUUUGGACAAUGUCCAUUUGUCCUGAAGUGGAAGCCUUCAGAGAUGAAUUCUGUCGAUUUCCAACUGCAGAUCAAGACUGUCAAACAAGAAGGAUGCCUUCCAGAGAGAAUCGGCGCGCUGUGUGUUCAAAGUCUUGAAGUUCCAUUUGCAACUAUAAAGGUAACACCAGAGUUGAGGCAUUUUGAUAAAAGGAUCAUUGAGUGUUGUUGGACUGGAAAGGAAUGGAAAUUCAUGCGGCUAAGGGAGGACAAGAGUUUUCCAAACACAUACAACACAGCUCUAAGUGUUUGCGAGUCAAUAAAGCAUCCUGUGACAAAAGAAAUGUUGCUAGACGUUAUUGCGAAGCAUCGUUAUCGACACGAGCAUCAUCACAACCAAGGCGGUCAUAAUGGCUGAAACCAUCUAUUUUAUAUGCAUCACAUUGAUACUGGUAUUAUCAGACAGAUAUACUGCGAGAAAGUGGCAAGACAGGUAGCAUCGUUGUUGCAACAACUUUAGUACCCUUAACACUGCGUGGAGUUACAGGAAGCAGACGCCCUGCUUUGCAGGAUUUCAGAUACUGCAAAAUAGCCAAAUUGCCAGUAGGUUUUGUAACGUGUAGAGAAGAGACGUUUGCAAUGGCAAACAACAUAAUUUUUAAUGCAGUGUCCAAGAAUGUAAACCUCAAGAGCCUUAACAGUUUCUUAGAAGAGUGACAAUGGCCAUGGCUGAUUUAUUUAGUUAUGAUGAGUUUUAUUUGGUUAUGAUGACUCGUGCUUGUAGAUUUUGUGUCGUGUCGAAAAUAGACAGGGACAGGAGCAAUGUGACCCUUCUUCUUACCAAAGGCGAGGUAUUCUGGCGUAAAUGUCUUUACGGGCUGUAUUCAUUGUUCAAAUACUUUGCUAGGAUUAUACCGCUAUUAGAAUCUCUAAACAUAUAAGCAACGUUUUCAAAAGUCACCUUUACAAUUAUUCAACACUAACGGAUAGUACAAGUAUUAAAACUGAUGUAUUAGGCUAUACAAUCCAAUUGCAAUGUUUCGUGAGGCACAUCCCUGUAUAUUUUCGUCAUUGGAAUGAGAUAUCACAUUGGUAUAGCAAUUUUGGUGUUUUUGCUGCACAACUAUUGACUUUAAAUCCAAACCAUGUGAAAGUUACUUUGAAAAUGGCCUAAGCGAUAAAGAAUGGCCUGGUGAAAAGUUGUACUCGAAGCUUUUACUUUUUACAUUAUGUACAAAGUGGUUUUUGCAUGUCAUUUAUUUGAAAUACAACACCUGAAAUUACAUUGUUCAUUUACACAACUAUAGAGCAGGUUUUUACCUUCUUGAUUCCAGCACAAAUAAAUCAGAAAUUCGGGCUCACACAGAACAGUUUCAUAACAAAAAAAUCUUUUCGCCUGAUUUUUCUCGAAUUAUAAAUGCCAGAAUGAUGACUGGAAGUUAAGUAAGUAAAUUUUUAUCAAUUUUUAUCAACUUGAUUAUUGGCCAAAAGAAACCCCUAACUCAAGACACUAAGAGUAGUAGUGGUACUUCAGUGUCUUGAGCACAUUGUGCUGUAAGUGUAUGUGAAAGAUCGUAUCAUUUUGUUAUCGAAGAAAAAGUAACGAAAUCCUUGAAUCUUUCGUAAAAUUUUCUUAUGCAAACCUUCCAAUAAGUAUUUAAUUUUCCGUUGUAAAUAUAUACCAUGACUGUGGUCAGUGUGCUCUUUGUCUGGUUAGGACUUUCUCGUUGUAGCUGAUUUUUGUGCGUUGUAUGUUUGCUUCUAAACAACUUUAACGUGACGUAAUACAUCCUUGUUCCUGCGUCUAACUUGUUUUCUUCACUUUUCUUAUAUAGAUUUUACCAUAUAAAAAAGAAUACAUUGUAUUAUUCC